AUGGAAGUCGUUUUUUUUGCUUUAUUCGAUGUUGAUGAAACAGUUCAACUUAUUACUUGGAAAUUUAAACCAAAACAAUUCCUACAAAUAGGUACAGAUUUCGAACGAACAUGUGAAACAAAUAGACCAUUAACAAAAGAUGAAUAUAUUUCAUGGAUACUCUAUGAUCAUGACGGUCGAAUAAAUAUUAUUAAUAAAUCUGAUUUAGUAAUAAAUUCAUUUGCAGUAAUUAACGAAGGAAUUGCUAUUUGUCAAAUAAAAGAUUCGAAUGGAAAACUUAUUGAUGAAAAACAUUUUUUUCUUACUAAUGAUCCGACGGAAUUAAUCGAUUAUCGAUUUGAAGGUUAUGAUCAAGUAUUUAUUGAUACUCAUAUUAACAAUACAGAAAGAUAUUGUGGCCCUGAUGAAAAUAUUGCAUAUACAAAAGACGAUAUAGCUGAUUUUCAUAUUGAUUUUGUUCAGCAUUUUGAACAUAUACGACAACAUUCAAAUUAUAUUCAAUUUCAAAAUAUAAAACAUGAAAAUGAAGGAUAUUAUGAAUGUAUAGUUCGAUUGAAUAAUGGUCUAGUAGGUGUUCGAGUUUAUUUUCUUAGUGUUGGCGGUAAUCCGCGUGAAAUAUCUAAUCGAGAAUUACAUAUCUAUUCCGAAAUAAUUGAUACAAUAACAUUACUAUGUCCAAUAUUCUCUGCACUACCUGCUUGGUUUACAUUUAUUAUACCAAAAGAUUCUUCACAAGGUGUCUCGUCACUAACAGGAUAUGAUUAUUUACGAAUUAAAAAUAUUUCGAAUAUUCAUUCAGGAAUAUACACAUGUCGAGUAACAACUAAUGAUGAUAAUCAAGGUUAUUCAUUAACAUCGAAUAUUUAUCUAGAUGUUUAUGGUCCACCUUAUUAUAUAGAACCUAAAAAUAGUGAAUAUGUAUUGAUUAAAAUUAAAAGAAAUAUAGAAAAUAUUUUACAUUGUUCAAUAAAUGGAAAUCCAAUACCUAGUCAUCAAUGGUUUUUAGGUGAUAUUAAAAUAUUAAACAAAGAAAAAAUUAUCUCGAAUACAAUCGAUUAUAAAAUCAUACCAAUGAUAAAUGACGAAUCUGAAUUAAACCAGACAGUAACAUGUAUAGCAAAAAAUAAUCGAGGCACUCUACGACAAGUUUUUACUCUGGAAUUUAUUAACUGA